CUGUCAGCUGAAAAACUGGCUAACUCGCUAGAGUUUAUCCUCAGUUUGAUUUCGACUUUCGCGCGGAAUGAAAAUCAUCGCCUCGGGAAAAUAUUCGCGGGCUAUUUUUUGCUAACACAGUGACUUUAAAACCUCGAUUUAAAGCGAACAGAAAAAAGGAACAGUGAUCUACACGUGUUGACUAUCGCCCACCCACUCUCCCACAUUGUUAUUUUUUCUUACGUUUCUUUCCCUCCUCGAAAUGACUAAUAAAGACGGAAAAAGUAAUUCCUGUAGUAGAUGUAGCAGCUGUUGCAGUAGUGACCAUCUCGUCGGCGCCAGCGAAAGUAGAUUCUACGAUAAUAACCGCUUCGGUGACUACCUCAACAAUAGUAGUAGCAGCAGCAACAGCAACAGCAACAGCAGUACUCUCACGCUCACCAGUGCCUCUAGCAGUAGUAGUAGUGGAUGUAGUUGUUGUCCCCAUUGUAAUCGCACCACGACGAGUAGCAACAGCAGCAGUAGUAGUAGUGGUUUUCUGAAUAUUGUCAACAUUCAGCGCAAGAUCUGAAAGUAUUUCACCAAUGAUUUUGUUGUGUGUUUUAUGUACGGCGUCAAAAUAGCACAACGAUCUAUAGUUGUCUACAGGAGCAACGUAAUUAUGUUUCAUACGGCAUUCUCAUUUACCCAUCUCAUCGAAUCAUAAAACUGCUAGAAAUUCAAUAAUUGAGUCACAAUAUGCUAGGACUCAUUUGACCUUACCUGUCUCUAAUAUCCCCUCGUAGCAUUUGAGGCAUUUGGCCUAUCUUCAAGGUAUAUUACAAUAGAAAUCAAAGCUGCUUCAUCAACUAAGCAGUGUUACAUCACUUUUGAAACUCGCAAAUUCAAAAGAGCAUUUUAGAAAACUCAAGUUUUCUAAUGAAUCAUUAGGCAAAUCACCAUGUAGAUUAAAAUAUUAUUGUUGAGUAUCGUAUGGAAAUUUUUGUUGUGCUAUCUCGAAGGCCUAAUUUAUGUACUGCACGAUUAACCAUGAUUUGUUUGUUGAAACGUUUCCGAAAUACAGCGUCAAAAGUAUACGAAUUGGAAACGCUAUCGUAAAAACUGCUACUAAUUAAUCGUUCAAUUUGCGAAAGACAACUAUUACU